UAGAUUUAAUACAACAUCAUUUUUGACAAUAAUAAUUGAAUACUGAAUAAUAGUGACUGAAAACUGAAAACCUGAAAUUUACAGUAAACUUCCCUUGAAGAAUUUCAGGAUGCUGAUUUUGAAAUAAUAAUCGUUGUUUACGUCGUUAAUUUAACACGGUUUUAACCUUGUUCUGACACAGUUAUACAAAUAUACUUUAAGUUCGUUUAAUUAUAACCCAAAGAAAACUUCCCUCGUUAAAGUUAGAUAAUUUUCCCAGCUUUUCACAGCUGGGUUAAAAAUAAGUUGACAGAUGACAGAGUUUUCCCGUAUAAUCAAUAUUUUAGUCAUAUAGUCCUUUAUUUAGUUAAUACAAAUCAAAUAUAUGAGUGUGGUGUGUAGUUAAGAUGAGAUGGCUUUCACAACUGUGCUUGGUCCAAUGUUAUAUACUAGGAGUGUUGCUAUGGGGUGUUUCAGGCGAAUUAGGUAACCCCUACCAAAUUCUGGGGCUCAGCAGAAGGGCCACACAACAGGAAAUACGCAAAGCUUAUCUGCAACUUGCUAAAGAAUGGCAUCCAGAUAAAAACAAUGAUCCCGGUGCUGAGGACAGGUUUGUCAACAUUAAACAGGCGUAUGAGUUACUGUCAGAUCCUGAACGAAGGAGGAAAUUUGAUAACAAAGGAAUAACAGAAGAUGACUUCUAUAAUAAGCCAGAUUAUCCAUCAUUUCACACCACAACUCCACUUGAAGAGUUCUUCACCCAACACCACUUCAAUUUCCAGGACAAUGAUAUUACUUUCUUUCACAAACUGUCCAUCACCACGAGGCAAUAUGAUAAGUUGAUAGUACCCAAAAGUGAAAAGGUACCCCACCUGCUCUUCUUUUACGCAGACUGGUGCUUUCAAUGCCUGCAAACUGCCCCCUACUGCCGUAAACUCGUGGACAAACUCGAGCCCCUCGGCAUUAAUUUCGUUACGGUCCACGCGGGGCGCGAACAGAACUUAGGACGGCGUCUCAGCAUCCACACAUUGCCUUGCCUUGUGCUGUUACUCGAUGGUAACAUCUACGUUUACAAGGAAACCAUCACGAGUGUACAGAAAAUUAUAGAGUUUAUUCGCAAUCACAUGCCGUACAAGCUCGUGCCCAAAAUCACCGAGGGCAACGUCGACGACUUCUUGAACGGCUGGAGCGACAACAGGGUCCGGGGUUUGAUAUUCGAGCCGAAAAGGACCAUGAGAUUGAGAUACUUAGUCACUGCCUACCAUUUUAGACAUAGGGUCGCCUUCGGAUUUGUGGACUCAGAAGAGGUCAGAUCCAGGUACCAGGUGCAAGCAGAGAAGGAGACGGUGCUGUUGUUCAACGAGAACGUCUCCCAACCGAUGGCCAGCAUCUCCAUGAACGAUAUUCCGACCUCCACUUUGCACACCAUAAUCAGUUCCAAUCAGUUCCUGGCCUUGCCCCGUUUGUCUUCGCAGGUCGUUUUAGAAGACUUGUGUCCCUGCGAGUGGCACAAGCCCAAGAAGAAGCUGUGCGUCAUCCUGGUAACUGAGGACAGCACCAGUCACGACCAACAUAGAAAGUCCUUCAGGAUUUACGCCCAGAACUCGCAGUUCAAAGUAGAAACUGUCCGUUUCGCCUACAUUUACCACGACAAACAGGCUGAGUUCGUAAACUCCUUAAUCCCCGACGGGCAAUCGGUGGAGCCCCUUUUGAGCAUAGUAAUCCUGUGGAGGAAGGACACGUCCCACGUGAAAUACGAAUGGAUCACCGACAAGUGGGAGGUGGAGAACGACCUGAACUACACGACGCAGAAGCUGGAGAACACGAUCAGCCGUCUGCUGAAGUCGUCCGAGGCCUUGACUUACGAGGCUUUCGUCAAGGAUCUGUUCGACGAACAUUCCAAGGGGAUAUUUUCGAGGAUCUUCACCAAAAUCGUUUAUUUUAUCGAGUCCACGUAUGAGGAGGUGGGUAAGAAGGAGCUGCUGGCUGUGGCCUCGAUUUUGGGGACGAUUCUCUUCAUCGUGGUCGUUGGCUACAUCAUGAUGUUUUUGGUUAAAUUAGAAGAGGAAAACAUCAAGAAGCAACAAUCACAUUCGAAGUCGGGCAACAACAACAACAACACCUCCAAAAGCUACACCCCCGAGCUGAAAAUCCACGACCUGCGUCCUGAAACCUACAACGGCUUGGUGCGGAUGCUGAAACCGGGCUGCAGGACCAUUGUCCUGCUUCUGGACACCCAAUCGAGGGCCCAGCUCAUACCGCCUUUCCAUAAAGCAGUUUGGCCGUACAGAAAAAAUAAGACGUUGAUGUUCGCGUACUUGAACAUAGAACGGGGCCUUAGCUGGUACAAGGAGCUGCUCCAGUUGUCCCUCUCCGACGAGAUCGACCUGAACAUAAACCCCCGCAACUGCGUCGGGACUGUUCUAUCCUUGACGGGGCACAGGAAGUACUUCUGCAUGUUCCACGAGAAGCACACCGACUCUAAAAGAACCAGAAAGCCGGGGGUGAGCCACAAAAGGACGGUGACGGACAGGGAUUGCGAGAGUGGCGCGUUCAUCGGCUUCGAUUCGGACAGCUCGGACGACGACGACGACGAGGUGCUGCUGCAGGGCAACCUCCUGGACGGUUUACCCAACUGGCUGGACCGACUGUUCGAGGGGUCCACCCAGCGUUACCACAUAAACUACUGGCCGGAUUUUCCCAUCAAAUAAACACCGGUUUGGGUUGGUUAAUUUACGAUUUUGUUCGUUGCGCCGUUUUUCAGUUACAAUCAGCAAACUUGUUUGUGGAUAUACAAUUACACGGGACGUGUGGUUGUAUGAAACAUAUCCUGUCAUUUGUAAAUUCCAUGUAUGUUAUUUUUUCAAGGCAUUUCGUUAGGUAACUUAAUAUGAGUAGGUUUAAUAUAAUCAAACGUUUUAUAAUCGAUUGUUAACGUCACCAUUUGAACAAAUGAAGUGAUUCUAAAAUAUUUGCUAUUAUGGUAAUAAUAGGUCGUAGUUUUAUUCAAUCUAAUUGAACUUUCUCUCUCUCUCUACCCGAUUUGUUUUUUGAACGAGAAUGGAUUGUUAGUAUUUCCAGGAUAAAUAUUCACCUCCUAUUAUCAAUCGUACAUUCCUCGGGGAACAUCUAGUCAAUCCCCACGCCCCAAAAUAAAGCGUCAGGAUUGACCGAUAGAUGGUGAAUAUUUUUCGUGGCCCUUUUUGAAGUUUUUCAGCUUAUUUUUUAUCUUAUAAAAAUUGCACUGCACAAGAAAUAAUAAAAAAAUUGUUCACAUGCGCCUUAGGCACCGCAGUUAUGCGAUAGUGCUACUUAAAAUUUUGGAACUUAGACGGUUUUUCUCUCGCCCCGGGGCAAUAACUUUUAUAAACGUAGCUAAUU